AUGGACUCGAGUACUGUCACCACCCUAGCCGAUUUUGAGAAGUACAUCCUAUGGCCCCAGGUCAACGGCGACAUCCCUAGGCCACCGUGGAAGGCGACGAGCAUUAUGAUAGAGACCGUGAACACGCUCUUCUAUGAUGAAGACGGGUUACGACGUGAAGACGUCAGCGAGAAUGAAAUUGCGAACACCAUCGUAUGUCUCUCUGCUAAUCUCGUAGGCCAAAGCUUCAUGCGUCCUUUUCAGGUCAAGGACGUCAUCAAUAAGAUCGCCCUCCCCGGGAAGCUUCGGGCAGCGAUUUCGCAGAACAGCCACUCCACGACAGACCGCACAAAGCCUAGCGUCGAGGCUGCCUUGUAUCCGAGCGUGGUGCUCCCACAGAAUCAUUGCCCGAACUGGACCCAUCUUCGGCUCUUCAUCGAGUUCAAGAAGGGCGGCACCGCCAAUGACCCGUUCGAUGACAAGAGCGAUCAUCCGGAGGCGUGGGCGCAGUCGCGACAGGAUGUACGUGGGCAGCUUCUCGCAUACGCUUCAGCCACAUUCCAGUACCAGCACCGUACCGCGUUGUUCUCCCUCUUGAUCAACGGCGACGAGUUCAGGGGCAUGUACUGGGAUCGCUCUGGGCUUAUCGCCACCAACGCGAUCAACUAUCUGGAAAAUCCGGGCUCGCUGCUUCAUUUUCUCUGGGCCUUCGCUAGUAUGUCGGACGAACGGCAAGGCAUCGAUCCCACCGCGACACUCCUCGUCGAAGGCUCUGACGACUACACGCUGAUGGACACAUGGGCUAUCGAUAAUCCAGCGCUUGACAUGCCCUUCCAGGAGCUCGCCGACGUCUCCGAGUUUCCCGACUCCGAUGCCCUUCCUCCCCCGGAUCCGGCAGGAAAUACUCGGCUAAAAACAUCGCAGCCAUCACAGCCUCUCUUCAAAUACGUCCGUGAAGACUUCCAGAAGUCUUUGUGCAAAGGCUGGCCGCGGUACAAACUCCUAGUGGGUGAAGACAAGCACGAGUUUCUCGUCGCUUGCCCAGUCUUCGAAGCCACCUCGAUGUUCGGUCGGGGGACGCGUGGCUAUAUCGCGUGCGAUGUCAAGAACAACAAGUUUGUCUGGCUCAAAGAUUCCUGGAGGUCGUUCUACGAGGACGUGGAACCGGAAGGCAAAUAUCUCGAGACGAUGAGAUCGAAGCCCGGCGUCAAGUUGACCGUUCCUACCGUCGUCGCACACGGCGACGUACUUCAGCAGACAACGUACGUCGCGGAGUACAUGACCGACGAGCAGAUGCCGCCUGUGACGCCUCCUGCUGAGAGCGUGUCUGGCGAGUCUACGCACGGGAAGAAAGGCGCCAUGGAAGAGGAGGAGACGACGGCGGAGCCCGAGUCUGUCCCACAGGCCCGGCUACUCAUCCACUACCGCCUCGCCGUGCAAGAAGUCUGCCUUAAGAUGGGGCAGUUUACAAGCGGCGAGCAGCUCGUGCGGUUGAUUCUGGACUGCAUUGUCACGCACCACGACGCAUACGCCCAUUUUGGCCUACUUCACUGUGACAUCAGCACUGGGAAUAUUCUCAUCAUGCCCCAGGUCGAGAUGUGCGAUAGCGGCAGGAGGCGUGUCAUGUGGCAAGGAUGCCUGACCGAUUGGGAGCUCGCGAAAUACAUUCCGAAAGACACCGCCUUCCAGCGUGCCCGGCAGCCUGAGUAUACGGGAACUUGGCAGUUCAUGUCAGUGCAAUAUACGACACACCCUGAGCGUCCAGUCAGUGUUCCGGAUGAGCUCGAGUCAUUCUUCCACGUGCUCCUCCACCACUCCGUUCGAUACCUUCGCCACACGUGGGCGGACUGCGUGCCAUCCUUCAUCGCUGAUUACUUCGACACGUUCCAGUUGCACGAGAAGUCGGUAAAACAGACGUGCAGUGCCGCCAAGGCCUCCGCAAUCUUCCAUGGCGAACUUUGCGUGGGAAUGACGGACCUCCAAUUCCUGAACGAGGACAACGCCCCAAAGCACCCUCUCAAUAAACUUCUCCGCAGGUGGCUACGGCUAUUCGUUGCCCGCUAUCGCAUACUGCGGAAGCAAGACAGAUAUCUCCGUGAAGUUGACCCGACUCACGGUACCUCCCAUGUCCAGGCGAGGGCAGACGACCUGGACGGCGAUGUCCCCCAAGACGGGAAAAACAAUAUACGGGCCAAAUUGUCGAACAUUCGACAAAAGAUGAGAGGCGGCGAUGAACAUGUCGAUGAACUCAGCGAGAGCGAUGAAGAAGAGGACGCCGACGGCACUACCACCAAGGCGGAGAACCCCAGCUGGGACCUGACGAAGAAAAGAGCGGCGCAACUUGACAGCCACCUCAUCACAACCGAGAUUUUCUCCAGGUACCUUCUCAGAUCCGACGACUGGCCUGCGGACCGUGUAGGUGACCAGCUCUCCGAGAGCUACAACCCCAAGAAGCACAUCGUCGUCAUGAAAUCGACAGCAAUGUCUAACAUUGCCAGCGGGCGGGCCUCGGCAUCGUCGAAGAAGGCUAGGACCGAACCCAGCGCUGCUGCCGCUCCAUCCGGCUCGGGGCCCGCUACGGCAGCGACAGGUCAAGCCACCCGCGCGCAGAAGAAUCCGACAAGGGGCAAGCGUCGUGGCAUACCGCGCCCCGCAACAGCUAGGCGGUAG